AGCCCCCAAUAAAGUCCACUUGCUUUAACACAGGGGCUCAAUCUCCAGAAGCUUGAGAACUUCUCAACAUGUUGGCAGCAUCUCUCAUUGUCCUUCUGGGGAUCUGGUGCACAGGAUCCAGUUCUCAGCCUACAGUGAUUCAGGAAUCCUCCAUGUCACCUUCCCAAGGACAGACGGUCAAGUUCUCUUGUUCCCUGAGUAGUGGACAAGUAACAUCUUAUGAACAGUCCUGGUACCAGCAAAAAGAAGGAGGUCCUCCCAGAUUCCUUUAUUAUUACUACACCAGUGCAAGCGCAGGCUCUGGAGACCUCAGCCGCUUCUCUGCCUCCAAGGAAAACAACCAAAAUAAAUGGUAUUUGACCAUCAGGGAUGUCCAGGCAGAAGAUGAGGCUGUUUAUUAUUGUGCUGUGUGGUAUGGUGCUAGUAGCGUGUUCAUCUUCGGUGCUGGAACCCAGUUGACAGUCACAGGUCUGCCCACCGUAUCUCCUUCGGUGCAAGUCUUUGCUCCUUCCCAGGAAGAGAUCAGAAGCCCGAACCCACAUACCGUGGUCUGUCUCCUGAGCGGAUUGUACCCACCUAGUUUCGACCUGCAAUGGAAAUGUGAUGAUAAAGUGAUAACAUCUGGAGUGGAGACCACCAAGGCCACCAAGCAAGGGGACAAAUACCUUGCCAGCAGUUACAUGAAACUGAGCACGUCUGACUAUGAAAAAUAUGGCACUUUCACCUGUCAAGUGACGCAUGAAGGAAAGACCAUUGUGAAGAGCGUGUCAAAAUCUGGAAGUUGUUAACUCCGUCAUGUAUCCUCUCCUGCCAUUCGGCAGGAGACAGGAGUCCCUUCUCCUGGGCUCUCAUUCAUUCUUUCCUAAACUUUAAUGUGAUCCAUAGUGUCUCUUUCUAUCCCAUGUAGUUACACCCUUUGUAUCCCCUCCAUGUCUUUGCCCUUCAAAUCGAUUCCUCCCCCCCUUGAUCUGCUAGAUUCUACUGUCAGAACAUUAAUAAAGAUGGAUGUAUUUCA